UAUAAGGUAUCUGACACACUAAAGUGGAAUUUGUUCGGUGACAAAUUUGAAUUGGCGAGAGGAGAGCGUGUUUAAGGCUUGUCUCCGUUAUCUCGAGCUGUUUCCGAGAGGACUAGCACGACUAUGCUAAUUUGCCUCAAUAGCGUCGUGCUGUGUUAGCUUGACUUUCUCCAGAAGGAAAAGAGGAAGCAGUUCCGCCCUCGCGAGCUGCGGUGAGGCCGAGUUUGAUAGAAGCGAAGCGAAGCGACCAAACAACUGCUCCCAGAGAGCGGAACUUUACAGAAACGGCGUGCUGAUCUUUUAUUGCUCCCAUUCUCGAGAUUUUUUUCUCUCCUGUUUUCAGGUGGAGGUGAAUGUAAAAAUGAGUUUGACGUUAUCAAGUGCAGUUUGAAUUUGUCAUACAACCAACCGCCCGCGCGUUGCUCUGCCGUGCAAAGAUUUCAUUUGGACUUUGAGUUUGCUUUUUGAACUUUGUAGCCGGCGGGCGGGCGGGCUACCUUGACAUUUUUGUUGCUGUUGUGAACAAGUCUUUUCAAAAAAUGAGCGGAGACGAGGAAAGAUUCAAACUGGUGGUGGUGGGAGGUGGAGGAGUGGGGAAGAGCGCCCUAACCAUCCAGUUCAUUCAGUCCUACUUUGUGUCAGACUACGACCCGACCAUCGAAGACUCCUACACAAAGAUUUGCACUGUGGAUGGAAAGGAGACUCGCCUGGACAUCUUGGAUACAGCAGGUCAGGAGGAAUUUGGGGCAAUGAGGGAGCAGUACAUGCGCUCAGGGGAAGGCUUCUUGUUGGUCUUUGCACUCAACGACAGGGGGAGCUACCACGAAGUCCAGAAAUUUCACACUCAAAUCCUUCGAGUGAAGGAUCGGGAUGACUUCCCCAUGCUUUUGGUUGGAAACAAGGCAGAUCUGGAGCAGCAAAGAGUGAUCUCCAGGGAGGAUGCUCAGGCAUUUGCCCGAGAAAAUCAUAUCUACUAUAUGGAGGCUUCAGCGAAGAACCGCUACAAUGUGGAUGAAGCAUUCUUGGAGCUCGUGCGAAUUGUCAGACGAUUUCAGGAAAUGGAGUGUCCUCCCCCUCCAACUCAUCACGCUGGGAAACAACAGAGCGGUGGCUGCCCCUGUGUCCUCCUGUAAGCAGCGUUACUAUGGACACCAAAGCCUCUCCAGCUUGUCCAAAAAGAGGUGUGAGCGUUUGUGCGAGACAGGAUUAAGCUGCGUCAUUUUCCCGUCGAACUGUUACAUUUGCACUUUUCCCCCCCCCCCAAAAAAAAAAAAAAAAAAAAAGCAACUUGUAAAUCAGUGUAGCGUAUUUUCGCCGAAAGUAGCUUUUAAACAGCGGCAGAAAUAGUUCUGCUGCUGUCAUGAGAUAAUAAUGACGGGACUGUGUAUAGUUACAGUCCAUAAAUAGAGAUGUCCUCACAUAAUGGUGAGCUAUAAAUUGCUGUUGUGGCAUUCGGGUGCUGAUGUCUGCAAAGACAUCACCGCGGUAGGUACUCUGACUCUGCUGAGCGUUAGUAUGCAGUAAACUAAGUCAGUCCACAUACAGCAAGAAAAAAUGUCAAGUGCGGCACGCCCAAUCACAAGACGUCAUUGUGCGGGUAUGUCCAGCAGGGGGCGCCAAAGCAUUACAACCAAAAAAAGUGAGCAAACCGCAGCAGAAUCUAUGUUCAUUUUUUUUUCUGCCAGCCUAUUUGCGGUUCCAACAAUUUCAGCCAAUGUGACUGCCUCAGAUAGCCACGACCAUUUCAAAAUGAAUUCUUGACAGUGUUUGGACAGGAAGAAAGGCUUUUGAAUGGGUGCACUGAAGUACACAGUGGUGGAACUACAUAAGUCGUUUUCUGCGUGAAUGUAUUUCAACCGUUGGCAUGGUGGGCAACCAACUAUUAGACUGGUAAAAUUUCCUGGGUUUAUUGUGGUGCAAAAAAGUAUUUUGGUCAUGCAGUUUUUAUUCAAACCUUCACUGAAUUCCAUAAAUAAGUCUAAAUGGUUUACAUGAACAUCUUGACCAAACAAGUAGAAGCCUCAGUUUAUUUGUGCUCAUGCUUUAUAUUAUGUACAUAAAGUAGGUUUAGCAUCUAUCACGUAUCUCUGCGCUGCAUCUUCCUCUUUGGGGAGAGAUUCUUUCCCCAUUAUCAACACUGGCUGACUCCGGCCAUUUUAUUUUUCCACACAAAAAUAUCACCAUGGCAAGGGUGUAAUUCAGGCGAGUACGAAAAACCUUUUGUUUAGUUGAUUAUGGUGUGUGUAUUAUUUUGACACUGUCAUUAGUUUUAUCUGGGG